AUGACUCUACUUGAGUGUAUAAAAUUUUGGCUGAGAAUUUCGGAAUUACAAUCAGAAGACUUAGGUUCAUUACAAACAUACCAUCUUUAUGUUCUUGGUUAUUAUUCGUACUAUCCAAUCUACAGACACCCAUCAUCUGUUUCCCUGAAAAGACUGGAGGAUAAUUUCGUUUCUGUGAAUAUUGCAAGCGAAGCACUAUCCCAAUUUCCGAAUAGUCAAGCACUUUCAGAAGAUACAUUUGAGACUUCAGAAGGAGAAAUAAUAGUCCCUCGUCCCCUAUUCCUCCUUGCCAAUUUUGUCAGAGGGUUUUCAGUGAUACUUUAG